AGAGAGAGAGAUGGGCUGUUCAAGUGAGACCGUGAUUGCUAUGUUAUUGUUGAUAGCAAUGGUGAAACUCAUCCUGGUUGAGGGGAAUAAUCCUCCAGAGUGUAGCUUUAAACAAAAGAAAUGCAAUGGAGAGAAGCCAUCAGGGUUGGGUCAUAUGGUUCUUGUUCAUGGUGCAGGUCAUGGAGAAUGGUAUUGGUUCAAGGUUAAGCCCUUACUUGAGGCUGCUGGCUAUAACGUGACCACCGUUCAGCUUGGAUCUGCACUCACCACCUCCCUUGAUUCAAUACAAAAUAUUACAUUUUUGAAUUACUCAAAACCAUUAUUUGAUCUGAUGAAAUACAUAGACCACCACAAGGUUAUGCUUGUUGGUCAUAGUUUUGGAGGGUUGAGCAUAUCAGUUGCAAUGGAGAAGUUCCCUACGAAGAUAUCUGUAGCUGUCUUUGUUACUGCGUUCAUGCCAGAUACAGCACACAAGCUCUCUUAUGUCGUCCGUGAGUAUAUGAAGAUUCCAACAGACUGGAAGGAUACUUGCUCAAUUACUAGUGGGAACAACUCAUAGCUGUCUUUUGGUGAUGAGUUUUUGAAGUCCACUCUCUAUCAAUUGUGUUCUCCAGAGGUGUAAUCUCUCUCUCUCUCU